AUGGCAAGAGAAGCAGGAAAGUUAAACCAUUUAAACAGAUUUCUCAAUAGUACUAAAAUGCAGGAAAUUCUUGAGUUUUGGUUGAAAGAAUACGGUCGAGCCAAAAGUGGCUCGACCUCAAAACAAGCAUUUUAUGAGCUUACUAAGGGUGUUAUAAAUGAAUUCAAAGGUAUUUACAUACAUCCUGACUUCGUUCAUUUUGUUGCUGAAUGGUGCUCUGUAAAGUAUGCAUUUUAUGUCAAAGAUAUUAUGGACUCCAUAGACAAGAAAGUUCAUGAGAAGUUAGAUGAAGAAGAACUCGAAGAUACAGUAGAGAAUGCUAAACCUUUGUUCGAACAAGAAGUUAGAAAAAUGCAUGAAAAACAAUUAGAACAUGAACGUGAGAUAUGUUAUGAUUAUAGAGAUUCUCCAUACGAACUAGACCAAUGGGAACAAGAAGAUUUAAAGAGAGAAUUUAGAGAAUAUGAACUCGCUAAGAUAGCAUUAGAAGCUGCAGAAAAGAAGUUAAAAGUUUGGGGUCGUUUUGUACAAAAAUAUUGUGAGUAA